AUGUCCACUCCACCCCUUUCCUUUGCUAGUGUGUAUGAUGGAGUUACACGACUUUUAGAGGAGUUUUCUUUAGAUACCCAUACGAAAGACCGCAAGCCAUCACAUUCCAACUCAGGUCUUCCCGAGUUUUCCGGAGCUCCUCCUUAUUCGGCCGCUACAUUGGUGGCAGCUACUUCGCCCACGAACCCUUUCGUUGAUCCACCCUUUCCCCACCCUACUCCAGUGGCCCUUCCCACCGACCGUCUUUACAUAUCAGCGCCCAGCCCCCUGUUAGCCCCAGACGCCUAUGAACCCGGACACAACAUCCGUGAUUGGCUGCGUGACUUAGAUCUUUUCUUGACUGACGUUCCACCCCAUCAACAUACGUGUUUCUUACUACGUUUCCUUUCCCCAUCUGCCAGGCGACGCGCCUUCGAUGCCGGCAUUACACCAGCUACUCCCUUUCCCGUCGCCUGCCGUUGCGUCGUGCAGCUGUUCGACACCCCUGACGCGCCUGGCAUCGCGGCAGAGCAAUUUGCCAAGUUACGCCAGGCCCCCCGGCAAUCGGUUGACGACUUUGCGACGGAACUCACCCGACUUGCCUCCGCGGCCUUCCUCAAUUUACCCCAAACCGAUCGUGACGACCUCACCCUCCACCGUUUCAUUUCAGGCCUCUUCGAUCGCACGAUCACCGACUCCUUUCUCCUCCACCCCCCGCGUACUUUGAACGACGCCUUGCGGCAGUGCCGUCUUUAUCUUACAUAUCACCGAACCCAACAACUCCCUCCGAGACCCCCUUUACCCCCAGCCCGACCGGAGCCCCAAACCCCAGAUAGACGGAGCACUUUGCCGGUCCGAUUCCCUGACCACAACCCUGGCUGCCAGUACUGCGCGGCUUUCGGACCACGAGCUCGCCACUGCGGCCACAACCCACCCUGUGAGUCCACCCCCAUUGACGCUAUUUACUUUCACGAUUUUUUUUCUGUCCCUGCUUUUACUGUGCCGGUACGUGUGGAUAGUCACCCCACUCGGGCUUUAGUAGACACGGGCGCAAAUGUGUCACUUGUCACCAUCCACAAACUUCCCAACCACCUACUGCGUCACGUGGACCCACUUCCGGCUCCCCGCUCCCUCCGCGCCGCCAACGGCACGGCGAUACCCGUAUCGGCCACUGUUUCGCUACAGCUUAUGAUCGAAAACGCGCGUAUCGCCCAUAGGUUUCUUGUUACCCCUGAUGGCCCCUGGCCUAUCGUUCUCGGCCUUGAUUUCCUAGAGGCUCACGAUUGCGUAGUCCAUCUCCGCGAACGACAACUCACACUCGGCCGUAACACCACCGCACCCGCCUCUCCAGCCACUAUAGACGAUCUCGACAUCAUGUACAACUCAGUACUUUCCGCCGUAGCGCUAGAGCCUACCCCCUUAGAUACCGUUCUCCCCCCCCCUCCCUAAUCGGUCCGGUCGCGCACGAGCAGCUUAAGACCCUCCUGAACUCCUUCCCAGACCUUUUCGCCUCGUCCACCGACACCAUCGGGCGCACCCACUUGAUUCAGCACACGAUCGACACGGGAGACGCCAAGCCCGUGUGGCAACCCCCACGCCGCAUCCCAUUGCGCUACCGCGAAGAAGUCAAUAAGCUAUUAGAUGAACUGCUGCAGGCUAAAAUAAUCCAGCCUUCGUCGUCCCCAUGGGCUUCUCCCAUAGCCCUCGUCCCCAAGAAGGACGGAUCCGUCCGGCUGUGUGUCGAUUAUCGUCGCCUUAACGCCGUGACAGUUCGUGAUUCCUUCCCGCUCCCGCGGUUAGACGACACCCUAGACGCCCUAGGAAAUGCGGCAUGGUUCUCGACACUAGACCUCAAAUCCGGUUAUUGGCAGGUUGAGAUUCAUCCAGACGACCGCCAUAAAACCGCGUUCACGGUACCCCAAGGUCUGUAUGAGUUCCAGACCCUUCCGUUUGGCCUGUGCAACGCAGCCGCCACUUUCCAACGUCUUAUGUAUCGCGUUCUUCAACCCCUCAUUCCAGGCAAGUGUCUCGUCUACCUCGACGACAUUAUAGUGUUUGGGAGGUCUAUUGACGAACACAAUCACAAUUUGCGUGCGGUAUUGGAAGCCCUCCGCUCCGCUGGUCUGACCCUUAACCCCACGAAGUGCCUUUUUUUACGCCGCGAGGUAAACUUUUUGGGUCACUUAAUCUCUCCCGGGCGCAUCUCCCCCCUGCCUGACCGCGUACAAUGCAUCCGCACGUGGCCAACCCCCUCCAACCAAACGGAAUUACGCAGUUUCUUGGGGUUAGCAUCAUAUUACCGUCGUUUCAUCCGUGGUUUUGCUCAUAUCGCCAACCCCCUGCACAAACUCACGGAGAAAGGCAGACCCUUCGUCUGGUCGGACGACUGCGCACGUGCGUUCACCGACCUCCGCGCCGCCCUGUGCUCGGCUCCCCUACUUGCCCUCCCAAACGUUGACAACGACGCACCCCCAUUCAUAUAAGACACUGAUGCCAGUGGGUACGCCAUCGGCGCCGUACUCUCCCAAGCUGACGCGAAUGGAGUAGAGCACCCGAUCUGCUUCGCAAGCAAUACCCUCACUAAACCACAGAGGAAUUAUUGUACCUUCCGUCGCGAACUCCUGGCGAUCGUUGUGUUCCUGCGUCGAUUCAAACACCUGCUGGUCGGACGACGUUUCGUUCUCCGCACAGACCACAGGGCCCUGCAGUGGCUGCGGUCCUUCAAGGACCCCAUGGACCAGCUGGCACGCUGGCAGGAGUUCCUUCAGGAUUUUGACUUUGAAUGCCAAUACCGCCCGGGCCACAAGCAUGGCAACGCAGAUGCCCUUUCCCGCUUGCCCCACGUCACUGACGCAGAACCCGAUAUACAGACAGCCGGCGUUAACGCUAUUGUCGUGUCGGAGCCGACACGCCACGAAUGGGCAACAGCGCAAAAAACGGACUCGGACACGGCCACUAUUUACCGCCACAUGAGUCUAAGGCUUCCCAAACCUACCGAGCGGGAAAUGAGAGGCGCCAGCCAGAGUGCCCGCCUAUUGCUCAACCAGUGGCCCUACCUCACCGUAGAGAAUGACAUAUUGUUUCUCCGCGACCCCACUUCCAACCGGCUACGUCCCGUAGUUCCCGGAUGCUUAGUAGAGUCCGUACUCACUGACCUCCACACACAGCUCGGGCACAGCGGCCAACGCCGCACGGAACUCGCUGCUCGCAGCCGCUUCUGGUGGCCUCAACUACGUUCGGCCGUACAACGCUUCUGUCAGUCCUGCAACACAUGCGCUACGUUCAAACCCCCCUCCCCCUCACCGCGUGCCCCGCUGCAACCUAUGACCACUGGCUUUCCGGGAGAGCGUGUCGGCCUGGACAUUGUAGGACCCCUUCCGAUAUCGGUGCGCGGGUUUGAGUAUGUAUUAGUCAUGGUGGACUAUUUCACCAAGUGGGUGGAAGCAGUGCCACUCCUCCGCCAGGACGCGGCAUCAAUCGCAAACGCCAUUAGCCGCACUUGGAUUAGCCGUUGGGGCGCCCCCUUGUUAUUCCAUUCCGACUGCGGCGCUAAUUUUCAGUCCCAGCUCCUACAAGACGUCUGCGAGAUCCUAGAGAUCCGCAAAACCCGAACUACCCCGUACCACCCCGAAGGCAACGGCCUUGUAGAGAGGACCAACCGCACGCUGCACGACCUCUUACUGGCAUUCUCACGGGACGGGCACGAGCACGACUGGGACGCACAUCUACCUCUGUGCCUGCUAGCUUAUCGCGGAACAGUACAUUCUUUCACAGGGUUCACACCUCACUACCUCUGGACUGGCCGUGACCUACGCCUCCCGGCCGACCUUCGCUACCCCCUACCCACACCCGACCCGUCAACACUACACGAGUACGCCACGCACCUCCGAGGGGUCAUACGCUCAGCUCAUAACGCUGCCCGCGUUGCAUUGGGAGUUGCUACCCAGCACCAAAAAGAGCAGUUUGACCGCCGCACCGCUGGCACCCCACACCAAGUUGGCGACCUGGUGAUGCAUUACAACCCCGUACCCCCACAUGGCAACUCCGCUAAACUCCACCACCCAUGGCAAGGACCGUUUACCGUACUCGACGUGCUCGCCCCCACCACAUUCCUGUUACGCGACGCCGUCCACCCUGAUUUCCCCUCCUUUACGGCACACUUUUCUAAGCUCAAACUUACCGAGGGCGCCUACCCAAUUGCACUCCCGAUUCCCUACCCGUCAUCCCCCUAG